AGUCAUCAUAUCAUAAUCAAUGGCACCGAAGGCAGAUAAGCAACCAGCGGAAAAAACAUCGGCGGGGAAGAAGAUCACGAAAGAAGGAGGGAGCGAGAGUAAGAAGAAGAAGACGAAGAAGAGCACAGAGACUUACAAGAUUUACAUAUUCAAAGUGUUGAAACAGGUUCAUCCUGAUAUCGGCAUCUCUGGGAAAGCCAUGGGGAUAAUGAACAGUUUCAUCAACGACAUCUUCGAGAAACUCGCUCAGGAAUCGUCGCGGUUGGCUAGGUAUAACAAGAAACCCACCAUCACAUCCCGGGAAAUCCAAACCGCCGUGAGGCUCGUGUUGCCCGGUGAACUAGCCAAGCACGCCGUGUCUGAGGGUACCAAAGCCGUUACUAAAUUCACCAGUUCUUAAGAUAUAUUUCUUAUUUUUCUCUUUGAUUUUGUAUUUCCCUAGUAUGGGAAUUUCGAAUCGAUAUUGAUAUUAUUCUGGUUUGGCUGAUAUUUGCAAUCCCUUGAUCUUAAUGUAAUAAAAGCUAUAAAU